AGCCCCUGUGGAAGACUUGUAGGUGCCGCAGAGCCAGCACAGGUCAUCACUGGGCCACCCCAGCUGCAGCACCUACUUCUAGGGAGGCGGAUGUAGGUGGAGAGGGACCCGCCUGUGCCUUACAAGGAGGAAACCUGACUCCUGGGAGCUGGAUCUCAAAUCCAUAGCACUGCCAACAUUGUACAAAGAAAAGAGCAGAGGGGAAAGAAGCAGCCAGAGAAGAGGAAAGGUCUGAUCCUUCGUGCCUGAGACAUUGCAGAGCCUUGCCUGACAGUGACGGUGGACCCCAGGAGGAGCUGAGAUGGCCACUGCACCAAAUGAGGCAGAAAAUGCUAUUGCCUUGGAAGAAAUCCGCACAGAAAGACAAGAAGCCCCAAAAGGGCAGAAGACAUUUACGGUGGAAGAAGCUGUGGAAACCAUUGGGUUUGGGAGGUUCCACAUUGCACUUUUCCUGAUCAUGGGCAGCACUGGGGUGGCCGAAGCCAUGGAGAUCAUGCUAAUAGCUGUUGUGUCCCCUCUCAUCCGAUGCGAGUGGCAGCUUCAAGACUGGCAGGUGGCUUUAGUGACAACUAUGGUGUUUUUUGGCUACAUGGUCUUCAGCAUAGUGCUUGGGCUCCUGGCCGACAGGUAUGGCCGCUGGAAGAUUCUGCUGCUGUCGUUCCUCUGGGCAGCCUAUUUCUCCCUGCUGACCUCAUUUGCCCCAUCUUACAUCUGGUUCGUGUUCCUGCGGGCCAUGGUAGGAGGUGGUGUGUCAGGCCACGCACAAGGGCUUAUCAUAAAAACGGAAUUUUUGCCCACCAAAUACCGAGGAUACAUGUUGCCUUUAUCUCAGGUGUUUUGGUUGGCAGGAUCCUUGUUAAUCAUUGGCCUGGCAUGGGUGGUGAACCCAACCAUCGGCUGGCGGUGGCUGAUCAGAAUCGCUUCCAUCCCCGGCAUCCUCCUCAUCCUGGUGUUCAAGUUCAUCCCGGAGUCGGCGCGGUACAAUGUGUCCACAGGAAACAUGGCAGCGGCCCUGGCCACGCUGCAGAGCAUAGCCAAGCUGAACGGCGCGGCGAUGCCCGAGGGGGUGCUGAAGGAGCCCGCCAAGGAAAGGAGAGGAAGAUUCAAGGACCUCAUGCACCCCAGAUACCUCAGAACCACCUUGCAAAUAUGGAUCAUAUGGCUUGGCAUAGCUUUCGCUUACUACGGCGUCAUCUUGGCCAGCGCCGAGUUACUGGAGCGGGACCUCGUCUGUGGCUCUGCGGCACCACCAGUGCAAGACCCUGGCGAUGACUCCGAGGAGAGCCACAGCCCCUGCCGCUGCCGCUUUUUCGGGCCCACUGCCUACCAGACCAUGAUCAUCAGCACAGUCGGCGAGAUUGCAUUAAAUCCUUUGAACAUUCUUGGCAUCAAUUUCCUUGGAAGACGCCUGAGCUUGUGUAUCACCAUGGGAUGUACAGCGCUGUUCUUUCUUCUCCUUAAUAUCUGCACCUCAAGCACAGGCAUGACUGGGUUCCUCUUCAUGCUGCGUGCCUUAGUCUCGGCAAACUUCAACACCAUCUACAUUUAUACAGCAGAGGUUUAUCCCACCACAAUGCGAGCCCUGGGGAUGGGAACAAGUGGGUCAUUGUGCCGUGUCGGAGCCAUGGUGGCCCCAUUUAUAUCACAAGUUCUUAUGAGUGCUUCUUUCAGUGGGGCCUUGUGUCUUUUCUCAUCUGUGUGCAUCGUGUGUGCAAUCUCUGCGUUCACACUGCCCAUCGAGACCAAGGGCAGGGCACUGCAGCAAGUAAAAUGAAAGCAAGUGUUUGAUGUCGGAUUGGGUAGGAAAGAAAAAUAAACCUUCGGAAUCUGCCAUUUCCUGUGAGCUGCAUUUGAUGUUGAUUGCUUCUCCAUACCAUUUCCAUUAUUAAAAACUGCAACUGAACGGUGUAAGAGGUAUGAUUUCUAUAGACAAAUGGUAAAUUUCUCAAGGACAUUCCAUUCCUUAUGAUUCAACAGAUAGAUGCUUUCUACCUGUCCCAUGAAGUGAGAUGAAGACUUUACUACUAGGGCUAAUAGUAGUGACAUUCCACACACGAAAAGAGAAAGAGAGAAAGAGCGCGGAGAUAGAGCGGAGAUAGAGAAAGAAGCCACCAUUCAGUGGAUUGAGGCAAAGACGGGAACGCAGAUACAGUCUUUGCCAUAGCAGGUUGAAAAAAUAUAGCGUUUCCUUUAAAAAGAAGACGGCAU